AUGGGUGUUCAAAAGAAGACCAGAAAGUUUGGUGAAGUCAAGCGAGUCAUCGGCAAGAACGACGCCCGGCGCAAGGAGAACCUGAAGAAGGCGGAAGAGGCAGAGCAGAAGGCCAAGCGUGAAAGAGGCGGUCCAGAUGGCGAGACCAUCGUCAGGGAGAUUCCUCAGGUCCCCUCCCAGAUGUUCUUCGAGAGCAACUCAAGUCUCGUGCCUCCCUAUGGCGUCCUCGUCGAUACCUCAUCUACCUGUCACCCCAUCGUGACCGACUGUGUCAUGGCCGAGUUGGAAAAGCUCGGUCCUAAGUUCCGCCUUGCUCUCAGAGUAGCACGCGACCCUCGUUUCGAACGACACAAGUGCACACACAAAGGCGUGUACGCCGAUGACUGCCUCGUGUCCAAGGUGUCUAAAGACAGAGUGUACCUCGUCGCAACCAACGAUAAGGGUCUUGUGUCCAGACUCCGUCGCAUACCCGGUGUUCCUAUCAUGAAGUGUGGACGCGGAAAGUACACCAUCGAGAGAUUGCCCGAUGCCCCGAUUUAA